UUUUCCAUACUGAGAGGUUGGCAACACAGGAGAGGGAAACAGAGUGAGGAGGAAGUCGGUCGAAUCGUCCGCAGGGUUAAUGUUGUGACUGUGGCAAGUAAGGAACACAUUUAAAUUAGCAGAGCUCUCACUCCAUCAGCUGUAAUGUGUUUUGGAAUAUCCGGUGUCCUCAUUUAUUAGCGUCUCUGGCACAAAAGCGAAAGCAGACUCUAUUGUCAACUUUGAUGUUCAGGGAAAAGUGAUGGCAGCAGCAGCUAUUUUGGCUCGAGCAACCCUGAGCAGAGGAAUUACUGCCCACCGCCUCAGUAAGAAUGUCACCUUUUACAUAAAUGAAACAGUAUCUCCAGCCUCAGGAUGUCAGAGCCAUAAACCACUCAUGCUGCUGCUGCCAUGGCUGGGCUCUCGUCCCCAAGCUGUGGAGAAGUACUGUGAAAUCUACUUCCGCACUGGCUUCGAUGUGCUUGUAGUGGAGAGUGAGGUGCAGGAGUUCCUGUGGCCGCGCUGGGGUCUGGAACACGGCGAGAGACUGCUGGAGCUGCUCCAGAGUGAACGCUUUGUAUCCCGCCCACUGCUCAUCCACGCCUUCUCCAUCGGCGGCUACACGUUUUGUCAGCUGCUGGUUCACGUGUCUCGGGACAUGCAGAAAUAUCAGUCGCUCACAAAGAGGAUCAAAGGCCAAGUCUUCGAUAGCUUGGUGAUCGGCUCCCUGGAGAGGAUGGCUAUCGGUUUAGGUAAGACUGUAUUUCCUCGCCUGGAGACGCUGGUAAAAAAACUAAGCAUGCUUUACUUUAGCAUGUUUAAACAACAGACGGUGGAAUACUUUAACACAAGCAUCGAAGUGUUUUGGAACACUCCUGUCCCGGCUCCCGCGCUGUUCUUCUUCUGCGAAAACGACGCGUUAAGCCACGCACCAACUGUGGAGGAACUGAUCGAAUACUGGCAGAAGCGCGGGAUACCGAUCACAGCGAAGAAGUGGGAGGAUUCAACACAUGCGGGUCACUUGAAGAGGCACCCACAAGAGUAUCUGACCACUUUAGAGCUGUUCCUCCAGUCACUCGACAUGGCACCACUCAAGGCCAAGAUGUGAGAUGGGUUACUGACGACCUAAUUCCAUUAACUUGAUAAUGCUUUUAACCUCAAAAUAUUUGUGUGCUUAUGUUGUGUUGCUGUUACAUGGGAAAUCUAAAUUAUUUAAUGUUAAAGACAGCUCACAGGUGUUUUGGGUUUGUACAGUUUCUCAUAUUCCACUACAAAGUUUAGAAGCCUGUCCCACACUAGAGGAUAAUUGGCCAGAUUUUGGUCCCGAUCCUGCCCUUUCGACAAUCAUGGGUGCCUUCCAAUCUCAGUCUGAUUUGUACAGAUUAUCUGACUAAAUUAUCCUGUAGUGUGAAGGACUAACCAACGCGAUUUUAACAUCAUUGGAUGCAUCUUAGUCCAAUUUCAAAGCCGUAAGUAUUCAACAUGUUUGAUAUUUACAACUAAACAGUGAUUGGGGCAUGAGCAGAACCCUGAAAUAACCAAUGACAGCGAGUUGACUGAGAAACAAAUUUUUGUUUAGAACCGUAAGUUGUACAAGUCAAGUCUUCUCAGCCAUGACUUCAUCCACAGUUUUGUUUGCAUUUCUCAACACAAAACAUUGCACAAACAACAUCUAUUAACUGACAACGCAGACAGUCCGCCUCCAUGUCUGUUUAUGUUCUGAAGUCACGUUAAAAUCACGCACGUUUCUAUGAGAUCACAAAUCCCUGGAAUCUCCUCCCUGAAAUGUUUUGAUUAAACACCGAGCGUCUUGACUGGAUCGUCUAGUCUACGCUUUCUCAGAGUUGAAAAUCCUCUAAUGGGCAGGGGCAGGCUUCACUAGGAAUUGUGAUAAUACUAGUGUCAUUACAUCUGUGUACACUGAAAGAAGAGUGCAAUCUAAUGUUGUGAGUUUUACAAAACUGGGGUUCAUUUUAAACUUGGAAAGCAGUCUGUAAGGUCAGACUUGGGCUGCAACAACUGAUUUUAAUUAAUCCACUAGUUGUUUCCAGAAAAGCGUAAAAAUUAGUGACAUCUACUGGUGAGACUGCAGAGUGUAGGCACCUCCGCUCACUCCUCCUGUUCUUUCUUUUGCUUCUGCUUUACAAAUAUUAAAUGCAGCCUUUUACGAAAAGCAGAUGGUUUUAAACCCUUAAACUUACAUAUGUCUGGGUAGUAUAUUCAAAUUUUUACAAACAAACCAUCCUAAAUGUUACACAUUGGAAUUGUGAGAUGCUGAAAUCAGGAAACUCCUUUGUUAUAUGUAUGACAACCAAACAAAUGCCCACUCAAAGUGAUUCAUCAAUUAUCCAAAUAACUGGCAGUUGCUGUUCCAGCCCUAGUUUAGACACAGUGUCAUUAUUGUCAUCUAUUGCAGUUCACUUAAUAUCUAUAAUGUUUACUUUAUUUAAUACUGUAAGUUUAAUACUGUGUACACUGCAGAUAUAUUUAGGAAUAUUUAAUGAACUUGAACUAAAAAAACACAAUAAGUGCCUUGAAGAAUAUCUCAACCUCCACGAGACAUUCCACCAUGUAGGCGUUUGAUGAACACACUGAGUUACAGUCUAAUGCACCCAAGGAUUUAUAUGUAUAGUCUUUUUAUGUAUCUAUCUAUCUAUCUAUCUCUAUAUCUGUAUAUAUAUAUAUAUAUAUAUAUAUAUAUAUAUAUAUAGAGAGAGAGAGAGAUAGAUAUAUAUAUAUAUACAUAUACGUAUACAUAUAUAUACUGUAUAUAAAAGACUGUCCGUUAGUAAACAUUUGCAUUCAGAGCACAUGGUCUCUGUUUGCCAAAGCAGUCUAUUUUCCCUGUGUUCACUUUUUUUCUUUGUUUACUCCCAGACUAACAAAGCAGGUGGUGAGAGUUAGGACUUGAAAACUACAAAUAUUUGACGACAGAAAUGUACAUUUUUACAAGUAAACGUAUUUCAUGAAGGUGGAUUUUGAAGGUAAAAUGGUGCCUUCUAACACUGAAUUGCUGUGUCUGACAACUUGAAGUGCAGUUAUGUUUCAUGACCUUGUUUGUGGUGUAGAAAUAAAUAUUAAAACAUUUUCUGGGUUUUUUCCCCCCCCCCAGACUCGGAAAUUAAAAAGCCAAAGGCAUUUAAUUUGA